CAAAUAUGUAACUUAGACACAAUGAUACUAACUACUAAACAAGAAAACUUUCUGGAUGUACUUAUAAAAUAUUAUAUAGCAAACUGUAAAGAAAGGAAAAGAGGAAAAGAAAGGCAUAAAUACAUACAUACUUUAUAGUGUAAUACAGUGGAUUAUUUGUAUUCAUAUAUUGUGGUCUUUGUGACCUUACUCAAUGAGUUCCUGGGAUACAAACAUGAGAACAUUAAAUAUCCAUGAUUAGGAUGAAAAGGAUGAUCUUGAACUUGGAAAAUUUUAUUUAAAAAUGCCAAGUGUUCUUUCGAAGCCAAGUACAAAGGAACAUAGUGCUAACAUAAGUGCCUGUAGAUGCGAAGAAUGUCUCGAAGUCAGAUUGACAUUUUACUUAACUGAACUCCACAAACUGAUAUCUCUUGACUAUGACUCUAUAGAUAUUCAACAACAUCAAGAACACAUAGAGAACAUGGUGGACAGCAUAAGAGCAAAGGUCGGUGAACUAUUUCCUGUAUUUAGAACACAUAAUAAACUUCCAAAUGGAAGUUUUUACCAAAAAACUAAACUUCUCGAGCCAGCCGAGUUUGACUUUUUAGCUCCUUUGAAAAUCUCAAAAGAGGACUUUACUAUUAUACAUGAACCUAGUAGACUUAACCCUAAAGGUAAUAAGACAGUGAUCAGUGAAUCUUUGAUGAAAUUAUUAGAAGACUGUCAAAAUGAAAUGGAUGAUAGUGAAGAAGAUACCAUUUCACAUAUUGAUGCUAUGAAACACUCCAAUGAAUAUUAUAAGCCUCCUGAUAGUGAAGACGAUGCCAUUGCACAUGUUGAUGCUGUGGAAGACUCCAACGAAUACUAUGAGCUUUCUGAUAGUGAAGGUGAUGCCAAUGCACAUGUUGAUGCUGUGGAAGACUCCAACGAAUACUAUGAGCUUUCUGAUAGUGAGGAUGAUGCCAUUGCACACAUUGAUGCUAUGGAAUCCUCAAAUGAACACUAUAAGCCUCCUGACAGUGAAGAUGUUGCCAUUGCACACAUUGAUGCUAUGGAAUCCUCAAAUGAACACUAUAAGCCUCCUGAUAGUGAACAUGAUGCAAUUGCACACAUUAAUGCUAUGGAAUCCUCAAAUGAACACUUUAAGCCUCCUGAUAGUGAAGAUGAUGCCAUUGCACACAUUGAUGCUAUGGAAUCCUCAAAUGAACACUAUAAGCCUCCUGACAGUGAAGAUGUUGCCAUUGCACACAUUGAUGCUAUGGAAUCCUCAAAUGAACACUAUAAGCCUCCUGAUAGUAAAGAUGAUGCCAUUGCACACAAUGAUGCCGAAGAACCCUCCAGCGAAUACUACAAACCUCCUGAGUUUGACUUUAAUAAAUAUAGUUUUGUAAAUGUUACCCCCAAUGAAAUUUAUCCUUGGUACAUACUAGAAAUAAUUCACCUUGCUGUCAAGAAGACACUGAAGCAGCUAGACAAGGAGGGUGGGCUUAUUUACAAAGGUGAAUGCUACUUUAUAGGUAGUGAGCUUAGAAAAGUAAAUAAAGAAAAUCAUAAAGAACAGAUAACAUUGAUGUACAAUGAAGUCAUACUAGAUGAAAGCAAAAGGGGACCAUGUGUAACCUUCGCGGUUGGGGGCAUUCUAUGUACUACACAUGUUGACAUAACAUUCUGUCUUGAAGACUAUACCCAAGAAAGUAAAGGAAAUGAGCAAUACUUUAUCCUACCUUCAGAAAAAACUGAGGCAUGGAUAACCACGAAAUACACAACUGGAUCAGGGUUCAAAGAACUUGACAAACACCAUCGCAAGAUUUUAGUCAUACUGAAGUAUUGUUUGCAAGCAUGUAGGAAAUAUGGCAGAUAUCUAACUUACAACUCCCAUACAAUGAAGACCAUCAUUGGCCAACAUGAGCGAAUAUGUGAUGGGAAAACAUCUCUAGGCAGUUGCUUCCAAAAGGUGGCUAGACACAUAUUCAGACUCUCGAGCACGAAUGCAGAUGCUAUUAAUGAGUACAGUUACCAUGGUGCCAGAAGGUAAUAAAUACCAGUUUCACCACCAGGUGGCUAAUUCGGGUCAGAUAACAUCACAGCUCAUGGCCUAAUAAUAAAGGAAAACAUUCCACUAAACUUGAAUUUUCAUUAGAUUUAGUGGAUCAAUUUUAAUAUAA